CGUUCCCUCUUAUGCACUGGCUAUCUUCGACUCUUCUUCUUCUACUGCGUCGAACCUAAUGUUGACUUCGAUCGCAUAAGGAAAACAAUAAUCCUUCCCUCUGGGCCUCUGCCAUUUCCAUACCCACGUGCAUCUCCCAACAUGGCCAAUCGACCGACUGCACCAGAACCUUUCCCAUCCUUCAGAGACGACGAUGAGGUCCCCUAUCAACGACCCGCGACCGGGACCGAGCCUACCGGAGACGGUAGCUCGAGUCGCCGAGGGUCCAUCACAUCGCGCAUGUCCACGAAGGCACGCACUCGGACAGGCUCCCUCGUACAAUCGUUCAUAGAGAGCAAUCCUCCUCUUGGAAUGUGGCAGGCCACAGGAGAAGUGGGCUCCAAGAUUCCCACCCUGCCCGAGAUCAGAAACGGCGCGUUCGCAAACGAAGGCUGGACGCACGAAGGACAGAUGGAACAUCGUGGUACAAACCCGCACCAAAUCCACAAGCAGCGGAUGCAGAGGACUAGUUCUGCUAGUACGAGGACGAGAAAGAGUUCGAUAUCUGCGGCAGGCGUACAACCUUCCAUCGCGGAAGAGAGACAUGAGUUCUUUCCCAAACGAACGCCGACUUUCCAGCAGGAGACGCUGCACGAGGAACCUACGAUCAGGCAGUCGCGUGUUGAAGACAUCCAGCCGGCACAGAGCAUUGGCGAGAAACGCCGCGACAGGGCGCAGACACAGGAGAAGGAUACCUCCAUGGCCUCAUCACAGCGAGAAACAGAGGGCCAGAAUGUGCCCAUACAAGGUGGGCCCGACGAGACAGGCACGUAUCCCAACGGCUAUCGCUUCCCCAAGAAACACAGCUGGGGGCAGUCGACCAUGAUCGGCCUGCGCGCCUUCUGGAAAUUCCUCCUCACUCCUUUCGGUUUCGUCAUCACAAUCUACGGCCUCAAUGUCGUCGGCUGGGGUGCCAUGAUCUUCUUUGUCCUACUCAACGCCGCCCCAGCCAUGUGCCAUCCCACCUGCAAUUCCAACGACAGCGCUCGCAAGAAAUGGAUAGAGAUCGACUCGCAGGUUCUGACGGGAUUGUUUUGUGUCACCGCUUUCGGCCUCCUACCCUGGCGAGUCAGGGAUCUGUAUUAUGUCUUGCGCUGGCGCAUUGGCAAGAACAACAACUACCACCGCCGGCUGGCGGGUGUCUACAGAGGAUGGUACCGUCUUCCCGGCUCCGAUCAGCUGCCACUAGACAUUGGCCCUCCACCAGUAUACAACAAAAAACACCCACAGACACCAGAAUCGCCUCCCGCCUUUACAGAAGAGGAGAUCGCUGAGCUGGAGACGAAUCCUGCCAUACCGUUGCCCGCCACGUCUAUGCCAGAACCUCCAUUGACAGGCCUUCGAGCGCCACCAUCCAAAGGCUGGUACCUCGACUUCAUCGCUUGGAUGUACAUGUUUAACACCUGGUUCCAAGUCUGCUUGUGUGUCUGGAUGUGGCAUUGGGGCCGUAUCAAUCGUCCGAGUUGGGGGACUGGACUUUUCAUCACAUUGGGAUGUUUGGUCGCAAUCUUCGCAGGUCUUCUCGUCUUUAUCCAAGGAAACAAAGUGAAGCGCAUUGAAGGUAUACCAGUGCAGGAGUAUGACGUGUUGGAGUCUGUCGACGAUUACCAGGAGCGUAAGGCCAAGGAGGACGCGAAAGAAGCCAAGAAGACGGCCAAACAAGAGAAGCAUCAUCAUUUCCGACAUAAUGAUACGCACAGGGUUGUCCGAUCCGAGAAGCUCAAAGGUCACCAAUGGUUUACUCGGCAUUGAAAGUGGCUCAGGUUGAUAGUGUUAAGAUUGUUAUAUGCUGGAGACUAGUUUGUGCUUGAAGCUGCCUUCAAGGCCCCUUUGG